AUGGCUGCAUUACCGAAAAGAAUUAUUAAGGAGACUGAGAGAUUGGUAUCUGAUCCAGUACCUGGUAUAACCGCAAUCCCGUCAGAAGAAAAUCUUCGUUAUUUUGAGGUCACCAUCGAGGGUCCAUCAUCAUCUCCUUACGCAGAGGGAGAAUUUAAAUUAGAAUUAUAUUUACCUGAUGAUUAUCCUAUGUGUGCUCCCAAGGUAAGAUUUCUCACGAGAAUAUAUCAUCCAAAUAUCGAUAAGUUGGGUAGAAUCUGUUUAGAUGUGUUGAAAGAUAAUUGGAGUCCUGCAUUACAAAUUAGAACUGUUUUAUUGUCGAUCCAAGCCUUAUUGGGCGCGCCAAACCCUGACGAUCCGUUGGCGAAUGAUGUAGCUGAGGAUUGGAAAAAAGAUGAAAAGAGAGCUAUUGAAGUCGCUAGAGAGUGGACUGCGAAGUAUGCUGUAAAGCUGUAA